CUUUUCUUUUUUUUUGUCCCAAUCCAUUUGCCUCGUAGCGGCACCGAGAGCGCUCUGUUUCCGUCUCCUCUCGAGCUCGACUGGAGAUCGCCAUGGAUUCCGUGGAAGCUCUGGUCGCCCACGUCCAGGCGCUAUCGGGGAACCCCGAGGAAGUCUCACACCUCCAUUCUCUUCUUAAGCAAUCGGAGGACUCCCUCCGCUCCCAGGCCUCUCGCCUCUUCCCCUUUUUGGAGCAGCUCGACCCUUCCAAGCACUCCCUCGGCUAUCUUUAUCUUCUGGAGGCUUACUCAUCUGGACCACUUUUGGAGGAGCAAGCUAGUGGUUACCUUUUGACUGUUGUUGAAUUUAUUGAUUCCUGCUCAGCAGAACAGAUACGUCUAGCUCCUGAUAAAUUUACUUCUGUUUGUAAGAGUUUCAAGGAUCAAGUUAUGCAGCUUGAAGUGGCAAUACGGGGAGUGGCUCCCUUGCGGACUGCUAUUCGUAAACUUCAAACUUCCUCUGAGCAUUUGACUACUCUACAUCCAGACUUUCUUCUUCUCUGUCUGCUAUCAAAGUGCUACAAAGCUGGCCUAAGCAUUUUGGAUGAUGAUAUCUUUGAGGUUGAUCAGCCAAGGGACCUCUUCCUCUAUUGCUAUUAUGGGGGAAUGAUAAAUAUAGGACUAAAGCGUUUCCAUAAAGCCUUGGAGUGUCUUCACAAUGUUGUUACCGCACCAAUGACAUCUUUAAAUGCAAUUGCUGUUGAAGCAUUCAAAAAGUAUGUCCUGGUUUCACUUAUUCACAAUGGACAGGUUCCUUCAUUCCCAAAGUAUACAUCUGGAACUGCUCAGAGGAACCUUAAAAACUACACUCAGCCAUAUACUGAUUUGGCUAAUUGCUAUGCGACGGGGAAAUUUUCUGAAUUAGAGACCUCCAUCCAGACAAAUAUUGAAAAAUUUCAAGCUGAUAACAACCUUGGGUUGGUGAGGCAAGUUCUAUCUUCUCUAUACAAGCGGAAUAUCCAGAGACUGACUCAAACUUACUUGACUCUGUCACUCCAAGAUAUAGCUGGUGCUGCACAGCUCAAGACCCCAAGGGAAGCUGAGAUGCAUGUACUUCGGAUGAUUCAAGAUGGUGAGAUAUUUGCUACAAUAAACCAAAAGGAUGGAAUGGUCAGUUUUCAUGAGGAUCCAGAGCAAUACAAAACUUGUGAGAUGAUAGAGCAUAUUGAUUCGUCAAUCCAGCGGUUAAUGGCAUUGUCGAAAAAGUUGAGCUCAAUAGAUGAGCACAUUUCAUGUGAUCCUGCUUAUUUAACAAAGAUUGGUAGGGAAAGACAAAGGUUUGACUUUGAUGAUUUCGAUUCUGUUCCUCACAAGUUUUUACAAACAUGAGUUGGUACAUAUUUGGAAACGCUUCACUUGGCAGUGAACACAUUUUCAUGCAGACCUUUCUCAGGCGAUGUGAUGGCAUGUCACUGAUUUUGUUAUCCUUAAGUCUGAUGGACAUUACUUUUUUUGUUACUCUGUCAUGGCAGGCGAUGUGAUGGCAUUUCACUGAUUUUGUUAUCCUUAAGUCUGAUGGACAUUACUUUUUUUAUCCUCUGCUGCACAAAGGAUCUUGGUGGUUUGAUGUAACAGAUUAUUAUCUAUGUUUAUCGAUCUUUUCUGUAUGUCAGAAGCAUUGGAUUAUUUUUACUAAAUUGUUAUUUGAGAAAAAAGAUCAAGUUAUCAGACUUUCCAGCAA